CUUCCUAAGUUCUGCAUCAUAUCAAAUACCUGUUACCUACUUCAAUAAUUCAUGGCACAUUCAUUGUUUUCAACGGAGUUCGAUUACAUACUUGCUGGCAUUUAACAAAAACACCCACGGGAGAUUUAUGAAAGUGCGUAAACGAUUCGUGAUGACGUGACAAGCGUCUUCCUCAUAUAUAUGAUAGAGUGGGUGCAUGAGUAUUUUCGAUUGUUAGAAAAGGUUGAGUUUAAUAAGUUGAGAGCUUCAUGUCAUAAAACAAUCUUUUAACAUCCAAGUACCAGUGGUUCCACUCUCUUCUAAAUCAGAGGCUUUAACUGAACAAGGAUGAAACUCAAGAACACUUCACUUGGUAUUUUCUUUUUCAUGUUUUUAAACUUAGUGGUUGGUAGAAAUAUUUCAAGUAAUAGCUCAGAACGGAGAUCUAUUUCACCGACUUUCACCAUAAGUUCAUAUACAUAUCUGUCGCAAUACACCAACACAAUCGACGCGAGACACAGUGAUAUAACAGCAAGCAUCAGAAGUUAUGACUUAACAUCAUCCGUUCAAAUUACACCAACUGUGAUACCGACAACGACACAGACCAGAUAUUAUGGAUAUAAUUCCUCAGCGUUUACCUCUCCGUUGUCAAACAUCAACACAACCGAAGUGACAGACAGGAAUGAUACAACAAAUAUUACAAGUUUUGACUUAAAAUCCUUAACAUCGUCCAUUCAAAUUACACCAACUGUAAUACCGACGACACAGACCAGAUAUUAUGGAAAUAAUUCAACAGUGAUUGAUAGAAAUCAUUCAAGUUUACAACAGCAAUCUAUUUCACCAACUUUCAUCACGAGUCAACAUACGUCACAAUUCAUCAACGUAACUAACGCGGGUUCGUCCGUUCAAAUCAUACCUACCGUAAUAACAACGACACAGGCAAUACAUUAUGGAUUUAAUUCCUCAGUAUUUACUUCACCAAUGUCAACCAAAAGCACAACAACAACAAGAACUAUUCAGACCACACAAUAUAGACUUAAUUCAACAGGUUUCUGUUUGAACGAGACUAUCGGUACAGAGAAAGCAUACGGAAUAUUUAGAUGGCCAAACAGUCUUGUUAGAAACACGAGCUAUAAGAUUUCUUGUCCUUAUAAUUCCAAAUCAUACGCAACCCGUAAAUGUCGGCAGACUAAUGAAACUAGAACAGGAGGUGCUUGGGAUCCUAUUGACGCUGGAAGAUGUGAAUUCAAGAAUCACAGAAGUAAAAAUUUAUUUAUUUUAACACAGAAUGAUGUGAAUUCAAGUAAUAUUGUGGAGGUAAGUCGAAAAUUAUCAAAACUGGUGAAACAAGGACGAACAUUGACAGCAGGUGACAUUGGUUCGACAGCAAUUGUUUUAGAAAAAAUUGUUGCGGUCAGGAAGAAAUUUAAUGAGAUUUUCGAAGAUAUUUUUACGACAAUUGAUAACAUCCUUGAUGCAAGCUCAGAAAACAUCUUUGAAAGUCAACAAAAAACCAACUCAUCGUCAAGAAUACUUGACGUUUCAAAUAAUUUAGCUGAAAACAUACAAUUCGAAGGUAACAAUUUAACAAGAGUGAAAAAAAACUACGCGAUUAAUCUACAGAUUGUACAUCCACAAAAUUUUAAUGGAUUGUCAUUCUCUGGUACAGUAAAACAAUCUCAAGAAAGCUUACCGUUAAUGCGAAAUAGCAUCGCACUUAAUCUUAAUGUGAGAAUUCCACCAGAUACAACAGCUUCGUUGAGCAUACCAAAAAGUUUAUUUGACGAAUCAACAAUCAAUAAUAAUAAUAUGAAUAAUCGGAGAGCCAUUUUUGCAUUUUACAAAGAAACAAAGUUUUUUACGACCUCAAUAUUUCAAGAAAGAAGUCUAUUUGGGCGUUUAAAUAGUUUGGUAAUAGCAGGAAGUAUUAAAGGUUUGACUAUCAGAAAUUUAGAGACACCAGUAGAAAUUGCCUUGAAAGAAAUUGAACCUGGAAACACGACCAGUGCCAAAUGCUCAUUUUGGGAUUUUAAACUGAGCAAAUGGUCUCAAGAAGGUUGCAGUUUUAUAAGAACUCUAGAAGAUGGUAGAAUACUUUGCAGUUGUGAUCAUCUUACAAAUUUCGCAAUGUUAAUGGAUAUUUACCCUGAGAAGACACAUGAUCUGGCUCUUUCCAUUAUAAGUUACAUUGGAUGCGCACUUUCGUUGAUUGGAUUAAUUCUUACAAUAAUUGUGGUUCUCAUGUUGAGAGAACUGCGUAAUCUUGUACCCAACCAAAUCUUGGUAAAUUUCUGCAUCGCCUUAUCGUUAACGUUAAUUGUGUUCUUGGCUGCAGGAGAGAGAUCACGAACAGCAUCAUUUGUUGCUUGUAGAGUGGCUGCAAUAGCACUUCACUACUUUCUGUUGGCAGCAUUAUUUUGGAUGACCGUUGAAGCAUUUAAUAUGUAUUUGGCAUUCGUUAACGUAUUUCCUAUUUCCAACCCUUCCAGCUUCAUGAAGAGAUGUUUCAUUUUUGCUUGGGGUUGUCCUUUAAUUAUUGUGUCAAUCACCAUGGCAACUUCAUUGGAUAAAUAUGGCGACAACACAUAUUGUCAACUGAAAGGUGUUCCAUUCAUCAUUGGCUUUUUCACUCCAACCGUUAUCAUAAUCUUUUUUAAUCUUGUCGCAUUCUUAUGCAUCAUCAGAUCUUUAUAUAAUUCUGGUAAUAACGUGACCUCUAAUCAAAAAAUCUCUGGUUUUACCCAAGCUCGUCAAGGUAUCGCUAUCAUGGUACUUCUUGGUCUCACAUGGAUUUUUGGAAUUCUUGCAAUAGAUGAUGCAAAGCGUGUGUUUCAAUAUCUCUUUGCCAUAUUUAAUACCCUGCAAGGAUUCUUUGUGUUUUUAUUUUUUAUAAUUCUUCCUUCUGGAACGCGAAAUCAUUUACGUCAAUUUAUGCGAAAAAAGACAAAGAGAUACACAAAAAGCAACGAAAAGAGAGCUGGAAAAACUGCAAAACAAAAUAAUGUCAAUAACGUUUGGAACACCAACAGUUCAUCAACUCCAAAUGCGGAAACUGAGAAAGUUAAUCUUUACAGUAUGAGUGAUUCUUCACCAACGAAGGUGAAGUCUGAGAGACAACAGCAACAUGUUACAUUAGCUAUCGAUACGUCGAAUCAGGAUUCAUUUAACCAAGAAAGCAAGUCCCCUGAACAGCGUGAAAUUUUACCAGCAACUGCUUUGGAAAUUGAAAAACUACCGCCUCAAAGUAUAUCACUAGGUGAUCCCGUUCAAAUAAACAUUGUGAUUAAAAAUGCUUCUCCAGAAAAUCAAAAGGAUGACGCCAAUUUCAUGAACGGUGACAAAGAAUCGUUUGAAAAUUUAGACAGCACAGUUAUUUCUUCACCAACAGUUGACAAACAACAGCAGCAAACUCCAUUAGUUAUUGAUUCCUCCAAGUUACAUGGAAAAACUUCAGAUGUAACUAGAUUUCCUGAUGCUGUCUUCAUAAAUCCAAAUGUAACACGCUACAGUGUCAGGCAGAAUGGACCCAACUACCGUACUACUAUUGAACUUGAUUUGAAACCUUAUGAACAUGGUACUGUAUAUUUUCCUAAAAAAAUAUAAGUUGUAUAUAACAUAACUGUAAGCAUAACUGUAAGCAUUUUUUUUCUAUUAUCUAUUGAGCACUGCUGAAAUAUGUUAAAACUUACCUUAACAGGUAUCUGCACCGUACAUUUCCCGGGUUUUUAAAAAUAAAUUUCUUCUACUGAA